AUGAUCCUCGGCAGUAGGUACAACUACAAACACAUCAAUGUCCAACGAGCGAGGAAUCUAUUCACCAUACCGCUCGCAAGCUCGCAGCUCGGAAUGCCCCUCUCUACCCGCGGUCGGUCCAACGCUGCCCAGCUCUCCAUAGCCUGGUGCUUUUGCCCACCACACACCUAUGACCCUUUUGCCAACCCUUCCGGCCUGAUCUCCUUUGCCACGGCUGAGAAUUGGCCCAUCCAACCCGCUCUUCAUGCUUUCGCGUCUACUGUCUCAGUCUCACACGUUGCCUUCCGUUACGUUUUUAGCACAGGUGGUGGCCCAAGACUCCCCUUUGCGUUUGCGAGACACUUCAACGAAUUCUUUCAUCCGUCUUGGGAGAUCAGAGGCGAAGAUGUGAUGAUCACAGCUGCAGCGACGAGUUUGCACGAUGUGCUUGCGUACUCGCUAGCUGAUGAGGGUGAAGGAGUGUUGGUGAGUAGACCGUAUUAUGGGCGGUUCGAGAUUGAUUUUGGAAACAAGGCGAGAGUGCGGGUUGUGAGCGUCGAUACGGACCAUGAGGAAUGUUUCAGUGUCAAUGUCGUCAAGGCUUACGAAAUGGCGUUGGCGGAGAGUGAAGGUGUGGGCGUGAGGAUCAGGGCGGUGUUGGUUGUUAAUCCCCAUAAUCCUCUUGGUCAUUGUUACCCGCGAGAGACACUGAUUGCGCUCAUGCGUUUCUGCCAACAGAAGGAUUUGCAUUUCAUCUCAGACGAAGUGUAUGCGUUAAGCGUUUUUGACAAUCCAGACUUUCCUGAUGCAACGCCUUUUGCUUCCGCACUCUCGAUCGACACAACGGGUGUUAUCGAUCCUGGCCAAGUGCAUGCCAUCUACGGGCUGUCUAAGGAUUUUGGUGCUGCUGGUCUCAAGGUGGGUUGUCUCAUAACCAGGAACGAAGGAUUGAAAAGCGCUGUUACUGCCGUGCAAAGGUUCUGCGGUGUCAGCGGACCUAGUGUGGCGGUCGCAACUGCGAUGCUCGAGGACCGGAAUUGGUGCAGAGGGUUUAUCGACCUGAGCAGGAAGCGGCUUGCGGAGGCAUAUCUGUUCAUAGUAAGGCGGUUGCGGGAGGUUGGAAUCCAGUUCAUGGAAGGUGGAAAUGCAGCCUUCUUCGUAUGGGUGGACCUCAGUCCGUGGUUACCUCCAGACAAUGAGGAUCAUACAGGUAGAGAGAGAGAGCAGGUGCUCGCCCAGAAGUUUGUGGACAAUGGGGUAUUCCUUCAGCCUGGUGAAGAGCAUGGGAGGGUUGGAUGGUUCAGGUUGGUAUUUUCAAUGGACGAAUGCGUGGUCGAGGAGGGGCUUCGAAGAAUCAAGAAGACCGUGCAAGAAGUCAGCUGGUAA